AUGUUGUUGAACACAGGACUUGUAUCCCCAGCGCUGCUCUUGCUCGUAGCAGGCGGGGCUUCUGCUCAGCUCGCAAAUUCCGUGACUGCAUUCACCACUCUCCAGACUUGGUAUAAUAAUUCAACCGGGUUGUGGAAUACUGCCGGAUGGUGGAAUGCUGCCAAUUCGUUGACAGUGGUUGCAGAGCUCGCAGCAGCCGACUCCAGCAUCCUUGAUGAGGCGCUCUCCAUUUUUGAGACAACUUAUAGUGUUGCACCAUCGGCCAACCCUUCUAACGGUCUUGAAAAGAAGGUGGAAUCAAACGGGGACAUUGUGACGAUCUAUCCAGCCGGCUGGCCAUAUAAUCUGCUUGAGAAACGCGCUUCCAGUGACUCGUCGGAUCCUUCAGCAUGGCUGGAUGGGGCUAAUGAUGACGCUGAAUGGUGGGCUUUAGCCUGGAUCGCUGCAUACGAUGUCACAGGGAAUGAUACGUAUCUGGCUUUGGCCGAAGGUAUUUUUAGUGAUAUUGCGAACAGUUGGGGAACCUAUUGUGGUGACGGUGGAAUCUACUGGGAAACCACAAACAACUAUGUCAAUGCCAUUGCAAAUGAGCUUUUUAUCUCCCUGGCAGCCCAUUUGGCCAACCGAGUACCAGGCAAUUCUACGACCUAUAUUGCCUGGGCAGAGAAGGCAUGGAACUGGUUCGCAACUAGUGGUAUGAUCAAUGCGGAGGGUACCAUCAAUGAUGGCUUAACGACCAACUGCACUAACAACAACCAGACAACAUGGUCCUACAAUCAGGGCGUCAUUCUCGGUGGUCUCGUGGAACUGAACAAAGCUUCGGCGAAUCAGUCGUAUAUCGACUCAGCCAACAGCAUCGCCGAAGCUGCCAUCUCAGCGCUGGCAGACUCCAACUACGUUAUUCAUGACGCAUGCGAGCCUGACUGUGCUCCUGAUGCGACGCAGUUCAAGGGGAUCUUCAUUAGAAAUUUACUACUUCUGCAAGACGCGUCUCCAAAGGAUCUCUACACCGAGGUCAUGCAAGCUUGUGCAACUAGUAUUUGGGCUAACGACCGUGACAACGGGACCAACGAGUUGAGUGUGGACUGGUCAGGGCCAUUUAUCAGCCCCGCCAAUUCCUCGACGCACAGCUCGGCAAUGGACGCAUUGAUUGCCGCCAUUUCCAUCUGA